UAUGUCAGUGUCCAAAUCUCCCUCAUUUGCAUGUUUAUAAUCCUUGACCUAGACAUGUUGGUAUGUGCAAGAACAGCCCCCCAGAACAGCUUCAGGAAUCCUGUAGAGAGGAUCAUGAGUAUUAUUAACUUGUCACUGCAGGCCAUUGGUAUCAUGAGAGAGAAGAUGUCUCCUGACAUGGAGAAGCUGUUUGAGUCUGUCAGCACCAUGAAAGAUGCAAGGGCGAUUGCAGAGAAGAAUCCAGGGCUAAAGCAGGCAAUAGUUGAAAGUACAGAGCCUGUGCGUGAUAUGUUGAAUAUGUUGCUACAGCGUCUCAGCCUCAAGAAUGAGCCUUUCAGCACCGUCCAGCCUGCAACAGAUCUAGAGGUUGAAGAAAUGUGGAACUUGAUUUUAAUUGUCGAUAAAACUAUCACCAUGACAGAUACAACCAAAGUGAAACUUCAGACCAAAACAGAUCUGUUGGCAUUCAUGGGGCACUGUUGUGUCUCAAGGCACUAUUUCUUCACUGUCAAGAAGUGUGGGGUAGAGGGUUGCACACUUUGCAAGAAGCCAAGGCUACCUGCUGAAGUCUUCAGCCAGCUCAAUAACUUCCCAGAUCCUGUCCUGGACAGUACAGGUGAACAUUACAAACCCUUCUCUGAAGUAUAUGGAAGUGAAACAGAUGAAUCUGCCAGACCCAGUCUGAAGGUGUCUCGCACAACAGGUCACGGAAUGCCCUUCACACCAAAUGCAGAGAACACAAGGGGUGUUGUAAAAUGUCUGGACUGCAACAAGCCAAGAACAGUACACAGUCAGAGAGCUCUGUCAGCUGAGAAUAACAGACAGAUGGCAGCACUGAAAGAGGAGGCUAUGUACACCUGUGGGAUAGCCUGGAUCCCAGAAGCUCAUCCUCUGAGGGACAUUUGUUUUGUCAGCAGGGCUCUCUCGUGUGCAACAGCAGUGGAAGUCUACUAUUUUUCAGCCAGGAUGAAGUCAAGAGUCUUAACUGUCUUGCCAUUAGUAUGCUGGAAGUGUGGAGAGACUGACACACUUCCCAUACCCAGAGAGAAACUGGAGCAGUUUCAAAGUAUCCAUCCAGUGUGCCAGGUGUGCAAAGCAGCCGGUGUGGAAGAAAGAACAAGGGUUAAGAGAAAGAUAAAAAGAAGAAGAGAAGAGACAGAUGAAAACUAA